AUGCCCCGAGGAAUUUCGUCAUCUCACAAGCCAAUGCAGAGGUUUCCGAUCCUGCUAGUGACUGCACCGGUUUUCAAAUCCAGAUCCUUGAAUUCGUUCAGAGAGAUCAUAGCAGAGCUAAUCGCCUCUCUUUCCACUCCUGCCAACGCCCCUGUCUCGACUCUUGCCAUCGCCAGCAACGUCAAGAACGCCUAUGGUACACCGCGCACUCUGCGGUUUGAGCCACGGCUUACCAGGUCUGCUGCCAGGAAAGCCACCCAGAGCCAGGGCUUGUCAAUUCCCCUGGAUCCAUCGCUAACUGCUUGCAAAGCUGUACCAAGAAAGCGCAAGAUUGUUUUAGGUUCUGCCAGCUCAAAGGGGGCUUCAAAUUCCCACUACAUUUCGGGUUCCCCUCGACCUCAGUUGUCAAAGCUCUUUAAUCACACUACAAAACCCAUUUUCAAAUCGACUCAUUACCCUUUGGAAAACACCCAAGCCAUCUACCAUGGCCAUUUCCGUACUUUCGAUAUGAAAUGCGCUAUACCACGUAUUACCACUGGCCAAGAUUCCGCACUCGCCAAGUCUUCUGCUUCACCUACGGCUCUUCAUGGCACAGAGGAUGAUGUCUAUGAAUCCGAAAACGAUGAAGAUAACAACGACGAUAUCCCGUACCAAGCUACGAUCAAGAGUGCCGUUGGUAAAAAGACCAAGUCAAGGCGGGAAUUGGAGCCAAUCACUCUUGAGCCCAUCUUCAUAGAUCGCGUGCAUCUGGUCCAUAUUGACCCCAAGCCUCUACCCAUCUAUUACCAAGUGAUUAAUGUUAUACCUUCUAAGACCUCUGCGAUUUACAGGUAG